GUACGCGCCAGUCUGGGCCCGGGGGACGGGCCCGCCACGGAGCCGCUGGUGGCGUGCUGCGGCUGGCCUCCGGCCAUCGUACGGGGAGAGGCCGCGGGAGUUCCUGGACGUGGUGCCCGGCGGCGCCCUGCCCGCCGUGGAGAUCGACGGGCGCCUUGUCACGGGGAGCCGCGACAUCAUGUUUGAGUUGGAGCGCGUCUUCAGGAGACUGGUUUUUGUUCCCAACCAUCCUGUGGUGUUGGUCCUCGUUUUGAAGAGACAGCGCCCCGCGUCACUCCUUCUUUCCUUCCUUCCUCCCGCUGCCUCCUCCCGCUGCCUCCCCUCCCUCCUCCGGCGACAACCCGGGUUCUCGGCCUUCCCCCCCCCCCCCCCUCUCCCCCCCCAAGGAUAUAACCUAACCUUGCCGGUUGUGCAGGUCCGGGGGUGGGAGGGGGGAGGCGCGGGCAUGUAUGCAGGGCUGCCCACAGCGCGUAGGUCAGGUUGUCGGCCAGCCCCCUCCUCCCCCCCUGCGGAUAACCUGGGUUAUCGCCGAUUCCCAAAAAACGCCCUCCAGGGAUCCAGAGAUGCCCAUGUUCCCACGCGGGAAGCCUGAGCGAGAGUGGGCGGUGGUCGCCUUGGAGGUGGAACGCGAUUUCGUCGAGCAGUUUUCAAACUUUCUUUUCAGACCGACCGACCCAGUAGCACAAUCAAAGUCCCGCACUGUUGACGUGGUGCUUGGCUACUUGGAGCAACAGCUUGGUCGUACUGUCACUGGGGAUCUACAGAACAUCGAAGACGCACCCUGGCUGUUGGAUUAUCCUCAUCCGACUCUUGUCGAUCUUUCGCUCGCGCCGCACGUCGAGCGAGCAGUCGCCUGGGGACUGUACUACAAGGGGUACGACAUCAGAAAUUCGUUCCCGAACAUAAAUGCCUGGUUGACUGCGCUCGAGAAGCUGCCGUACUACAUGGCGACGAGGGGCGACUUCUACACGCACUGCCUGAGCAUUGCGUCCCCGCAGAACGCCCCGGUCCCCGACGCGGACGCGCUGCCGAAGCGCGUGCGCGCGCUGCUCAGCCCGGCCUCCUCGAGGCUGCCGGUGCAGCGGAGCGCGGAGCCGGAGCCCUGGAGCGCCAGCGAGCUCCAGAGCCCCGAGUCCGUGCACAGCGCCGAGGCGGCGGUGGAGCUCUUGCGGGGCCACGCCGCCGUCGCCAGGUUCUGCUGCCGCGCCGACGGCGACGGCGUGGGCCGGUGGGCGGCGGGCGGCCUCUUCCGGGCCCAGCUCGCCGACCCGCUCGCGGAGCCGAGGGAGGGGGGGCGGAACGCGACCCGAGACAUCCGAGGCGAUGACGACGACGCCGACCCCCCCCUCAGGACCUCGUGCGCGGCGGCGUGCGCAGCGCCGCCGCGGAGGCGCGGCUGAGCGGCGAGGUGAGGAGCAGGGUCGCCAGGUGCCUGGCUUACUUGCGCGACCGCGUCAGCGUGCCGCGCGACAUGCAGAUGCCAGCCGCGAAAUUGCUCCGGGCGUACCUCCAGGAGGCGAUACUCGCGUUGGACAGCGACUCGGUAUGAAAAAGCGCCGUCUGGCAGCGGUUGCAAAAGGC